AACUGUGCAACGGCACAUCUGAGACAAUCCAGCACCUAGUAGCAGGAUGUAAGAUGCUGACAGGGAACGUAUACACCGAGACUCAACCAGAUGGCAGGAAUCAUAUACAGGAACAUAUGCAAGCCAGUGCGGGGAUGCAGCAUCGAAAUGGGAAAUAUCUUUGGCAAAAAGAAACGAACUCGAGUUACAGAGCAGGACAGAGCUGUUUUGCAACUCAAGCAGCAGAGAGAUAAACUGAAGCAGUACCAGAGGAAGAUCUCAUUGCAGCUGGAGAAGGAGAAGCAAUUGGCCAAACAACUGCUGAAGGAUGGCAAAAAAGAGAAAGCACUUGUGUUGCUUAAAAAGAAACGUUUCCAGGAACAGCUUCUCGACAAAACGGAGAACCAGAUCAGCAACUUGGAGCGAAUGGUUCAAGACAUUGAAUUUGCACAGAUAGAAAUGAAGGUCAUUGAAGGACUGAAGGUUGGCAAUGACUGCUUGAAGAAAAUGCACGAGGUCAUGUCCAUAGAGGAGGUGGAACGAAUCAUGGAUGAGACCCAGGAGGCCAUUGAAUAUCAGAGGCAAAUUGAUGACAUUCUGGCAGGCUCUCUGACCCAAGAGGACGAAGACGCAGUGUUAGCAGAGCUCGAGGCUAUCACUCAGGGAGAUACUGAUGUUGAGCUUCCCGAGGUGCCUAACGAGGGAUUACCAGAGGUUCCAGAGCAGGAGCCAGAGCGGGAGAAGGCGAGGGUGAAGAAGAAGUCCGAAAGAGAGUUGUUGGCUGUGUAAAAACCUCACCUCUGCACCAGUCUUCACUUGGGCAGUAACACCAUGCUGGGACCCAGAGCCACACCUGAGUGAAGCCUCCCUCUUUCUGAGCAUUCAACAACACUCAGCUCUUAAACCCGAAAUGCAGUUCAUUUAUGAAUCACCAGGGAUUCUCUUUUAUGUGUAUUUUAUGGUAAUGCUUGGUAAUGAAGAAUUUGGGGUUUGAGGGCUUUUUCUGAUUAAUAUUCCCUAUUAACUAAAUAUUGUUUUCUGCCAUUCAUUAAUCUUUAACUGUCCCUAGCAAGGAGUCUUGACUUCACCACACAGUUAAUGCUUCUGGCAAGCUUCCAAGAUAAAUGGAGAACAAGUCCAGUAGUUGUGUUAUGAAACUGAAAUAGCUUGGCGCAACCCCAGUUAUCUGGCUGUGCUGAAUUUUGGGUCGUUCUUUUAGUAGUCUCCUGUGAGAAACAUAAUCUUAUGUAGGCUAAUACUUGCCCUGCAUAAGCUCCUCAUCACAACGUCAGUAAGGUAUUUGAAACCAUAGGUGGAUUGUGUUGAUUGGAUGAUGGAUAGAGAGGAGGUCUAAUCCUACUGAGAAUAGAAUCCCUUCUCAGCAAGCACCUGGCUCUUGUUUGCUCUGAUAAUCAUAUGUAACAGCAAACAGCGAGGUGAGACAGUACAACUGUCAUCAUACUUUCAUGUUUUUGUUUUUUUGUUUUCCUUUUUGGGGGGAUUUAUUUGAGCCUUUUUCCCUUGUUGUCAUAUCUCGAACCAAAAAUGAGUCUUGUUCAAGCACAGGUGAACAAUCAAUAAGGCCAGAAUUAUCAAAUUUUAAACCACACUUGACUGCUUUCAGAACAGUCAGCAGGGACCUCACUGUAGUCUUAUGUUCUGCUCAUGUUUUUUCCCCUCAAUUUGUGACAAUAAAAUGUUUUGUUUUUUUUAAAUCA